AUGUCCAGCAGCAACAUGUCAUUCACCCCCAUAUCGCCUUCAACACCAGCAGACAACUCUGCGGAGCCGUUGAUCGACAAGUCCGAGCUGCCGACCAUCGAGCUCAGCUUUUCCUCGGGCCCUAAUGGCGCAUGGGACGAUAGGGAGCUUAUCAAUGCUGCCAACUCUGCCAUGAAGGAAUUUCACACGCAUCAUCCGGGACCGGGAAGCUGGCUUGACAAAGCUACAGCUGCGAUGGCUGUUGGCAAGCCGUUGCCCGGAGCGAACGAUUACGGCACAGCAUGGUAUACAGCUUCGACACCCGUCGUCCAAAAUCCCCCUGCAGCCGCAGCCCCUCCAAAGAAGAAGCGCAAAACCAACACCAACAAGACAAUAAACCCAUAUGACCCUGCUGCUACCGCCUACAUUUCCCAGACAAACGUAUCAACUCCCAUUUCCGGCCCCUCAAAUGCCAACGCCCGAGCUGAGAGUCCUUCCUUCCAACCGCCCUCACCGGGCGGCACAGAAGAUGCAGAUGCCAAGCGAGCAGAAGAAGAUGCUGAGGAUGCCGAGUGGGGAUAUGUGGAAGAAGACUGGGAGGAGGAGGAAGGAGAUUGGGAAGGAGAUGGCCAGGAAUGGGAAGGAGAAGCUGCGCAGGGUGCUCCUCAGGCCCCGCCGGCUUACGGCGUGCAGUCAGCAGACGGGGUGUCUCGCGAGGAGGCUUUGGGUCAUGCUAUGACAGCGCAAUAUUGGGCGGGGUAUUGGAUGGGUGUUGCUCAAGCAAAAGGUGGAGAAAGCGCAAAGCCAAGAAGAAGAAAGUGCAAAGAAAAUGGUAGCGGCGAAAGAGAACUUGGGGCUACGUCGAGUGAGCAAGCGCCACCGGCAAACAUGAUCAUUUCCCGCCACCAAUAUGACGGUGUCAACGGUCUAAAGCAGGUCAAGUCGUCACCCCUUGCCAAGUACGUUUGCAACCCCCUCAUGUGGGGUGCAGCCGACUGUCUCAAGGUCCGCACCUCUACUGGCGAGGCCCCGAAAGCACUCUUCAUGUCACGCAUUGGUAUCGAGAAUGAGGACGCCUAUGCCACCCCCUCUAUUUCCGCCUACCUCGAAGCGCACGUUGAUGUCUUCAGUCCGCAUCCCGACGGAAAUGGAGAGCAAAUCAAAUAUUUCCUUUCUGUCAUUCGAAAAAAAGUGGCUAUCUACAUUGCGCAGCGCAAUGGCAGCCGUGGGAUCGCCCGUGGCAAAGUCAAAAAGGAACUCCGCAAAGGCAACCGUUUCCUGGUGACUGUUAUCGAGGAGGUACUGGGCGCGUCCAGCAAGGACUUUGUCCAUAUAGAAGCCUCUGUCGAGGACGAAGAAACGACUACACCCAUCUUCAAGAGCUCGCGACCUUCUCCAAGGAGCGUUAGGGAGGACAGCAUGCUAUCUGUUGAUGAGGUCAAGGUACUCUUGCACAGGCCCUCGUGCGAGCCUCUCAUCUAG